GUUCAUACUGGUCCUUUUGUCCCAGAGCCCAUUUAUGAUGCUGCUCCAAGUGAAAUUCAUGACAGAAUGGAUGGUUUCCAAGAUCAGUUUGAAGAACUGCAGAAAGAGAUGAAAGCUCUCCGUGGGAAAGAACUGUUUGGAAAGAAUGUGCAUGAUCUUUGCCUUGUUCCCAAUGUGAAAGUACCUGCUAAGUUCAAGCUGCCUGAAUUUGAGAAGUACAAAGGAAAUUCCUGUCCUCAGGCACACCUGGUGAUGUAUAUAAGGAAGAUGUCCACUCACACUGAUGAUCAACGUCUGUUGAUUCACUAUUUCCAAGACAGUCUGACUGGAGCUGCUUCUAAGUGGUAUAUGGGCCUUGAUAGCACCCAUAUCCGCACUUUCAAUGACUUAGCUGAAGCGUUUGUGAAGCAAUACAAGUAUAAUGUGGACAUGGCUCCUGAUAGGGAUCAAUUGCGAGCUAUGAUGCAGAAAGAGAAGGAAUCCUUCAAGGAAUAUGCUCAGAGAUGGCGUGAGGUUGCCGCCCAAGUGAUUCCUCCUAUGGAAGAAAAAGAGAUGACUAAGAUUUUUCUGAAGACUCUUGGUCCGUUUUAUUAUGAGAAGAUGAUUGCUAGUGCUCCUGUAGACUUCACCGAAAUGGUGGGUAUGGGUGUCAGAUUAGAAGAAGCUGUGCGAGAAGGUCGUUUGGUUCGAAAUGACAAUUCAUCUGGUGGUGCGAAGAAGUACGGUUCUUCAUUCCAGAAGAAGAAAGAGUCAGAUACCAAUGCUGUUUCUCAUGGGAGGAAUGUUGAUCCUAUCCCUAUGACGUACACUGAACUGUAUCCUGCUCUAAUUCAUAAGAAGCUGGUUCAACCAAGGUCACCACCUCCUGUUCCAGAGAAACUCCCUUGGUGGUACAAGGCUGAUGCCACUUGUGCUUUUCAUCAGAAUGCUCCUGGGCAUGAUUUGGAAAAUUGUUGGCCCCUGAAGAAUGAAGUUCAGAGAUUGGUCCGUUCUGGAAUGCUCUCUUUCCGUGAUAUUGGCCCAAAUGUGAAGAACAAUCCGUUGCCAGAUCAUGAAGCGUCUGCUGUGAAUAUGGUGUAUGGAUGCCCUGGGAAGUAUAAGAUUUAUCGUGUAGAACACAUCAGAGGAUCAUUGGUAGAGAUGCAUGCCACUCUGUGUGAAUACAGUCAUUAUGAACAUAAUCAUGCUGCUUGUAGGAUUUGUUCAGUCAAUCCUCGAGGGUGUUACAUUGUAAGAAGAGACUUGCAAGAGAUGAUAGAUCAAAGGCUCAUUGAGAUUCUGAGGGAUAGAGAUGAAGAUGAUGUCAAUGUGAUUGAACCAUGCUUUGAAAUCCCGGAAUGUGUAGAGAUUGGUUAUUAUGGCAAAGCUGCUGUGGAACCUCUUGUGAUAUGUUUGCCUGGAUCUGUACCUUAUAGUUCUGAUAAAGCUGUACCUUACAGAUACAAUGCCACCAUGUUGGAAGCUGGAAAAGAAGUUGAGAUUAAGCCUCUGUCUUCUGUUGAGAAUAUAGCAGAUGUCAGUAGAGUGACUAGAAGUGGACGAGUUUUUACUCAGCCCCAAACAGUUGUGGAUGUCCAGAGGAAUCCUACUCAAGUGCCUGUGAACAAUAAUGAUGUGACAAAAGUGAAUGCUGGGUCAUCUUCAGAAAAGGAGAUGGAUGAGAUUUUAAAGCUUAUCAAGAUGAGUGAUUAUAAGAUCGUGGAUCAGCUGCAUCGCACUCCGUACAAGAUUUCUAUAAUGGAGCUGCUGGCGAAUUCUCCUGCUCAUAGGGAUUCUCUGAUGAAAAUACUUGAUCAAGCCUUUGUGGAUCAUGAUGUGACGCUGGAUCAGUUUAAUGGGGUUGUGAGUAAUAUCACUGCAUGUAAUAAUUUGAGCUUCAGUGAUGAAGAUUUGCCUGAGGAAGGAAGAAAUCAUAAUUUGGCUUUGCAUAUCUCUGUCAGUUGCAAAGAGGACUCAAUGUCUAAUGUGUUGAUUGAUACUGGAUCAUCUCUGAAUGUCAUGCCAAAAUCCACUCUUGCUAAGCUGUCUUAUGGUGGCACACCAAUGAGAUUUAGCAAUGUGAUUGUCAAGGCUUUUGAUGGAUCGAAGAAAUCAGUGGUUGGAGAGGUGGAUUUGCCUAUUGGUAUUGGACCAUUUGUCUUCAAGAUUACUUUUCAAGUGAUGGAUAUUUUCCCUGCAUACAGUUGCUUAUUAGGACGCCCGUGGAUCCAUGAGGCUGGAGCAGUUACUUCAACUCUUCACCAAAAGUUGAAAUUUGUGAAAGAUGGAAAGAUGGUCGUUGUGAAUGGAGAACAAGCUUUGCUGAUUAGUCAUCUCUCUUCAUUCCGUACCAUAGAAGCUGAUGAAGUGGUCAUUGGAACUGCAUUCCAAGCCCUGUCUGUUAAUGAUGAAAUCAAAAAAGAUGAAGCUUCCAUUGCCUCCUUCAAAGAUGCUCAACUGGUGGUUCAGAAUGGACAUUCAGGAGUCUGGGGACAAGUGGUGAGUCUUCAAGAGAACAGGAAUAGAGCUGGUCUGGGAUUUUCUGCCUCAGACAAGUCUGUGAUGAAGUCUGAAUCUGCUUUUCGUCCUUAUCAAGAGAUGUUUCAUAGUGCUGGGUUUCUACAUCCGACUCUUCCAGAGGUGAACGCUAUUGUUGAAGAUGAACCAGAGCCAGAAGUGCCAAGCUUUGUGAGUUCCAAGAAGCAUGGAAAAAGAAGGGAAAAUCCGCAGGAAAUAGGGAAUAUGUCUGGAUUAGGAUUUAUGAAAAAACCUGAACCCAAUCUGGGGUGGAAAAGGUCAGAACCUGAAGCUCACCAUGUCAAUCAGACGUCAGCAUCGAUGUCACGACAUCAUGAAAUGAGAAACUGGAACCAAACAAAGAAGAAAUUUCAGAAAUGGAGAUGCCACUACUGUGGAAGGUUUGGCCACCUAAAACCGUUCUGCUACAAACUGUUUGGUCACCCCUAUCAAAUAGCUCAGGACAAUCUCGAGCAGCAUAACCCUAUCAAGAAACAACAAUUGGUUGCCAAAGGUUCUGCAUUGAUUGCUCACACCUCCUUGAGGGUGUCAACCAAAGGAGACUGGUAUUUUGAUAGUGGAUGUUCAAAACACAUGACAGGAAUGAAGAACUUGUUAGAAGAGAUCAAGCCGCAUUCCACUAGCUAUGUGACCUUUGGUGAUGGAGCCAGGUGA